CUCGGCCCGCCCCCUUCCAGCCCACCCACCCUCUCUCUCGCGGGGCCGCUGGCCGGCGUAAGCGGCAACCGCGCUGCCGCCCCGGCUGAUCGGCGGGCGCUGGUGCCCUGCCCGCCCCUUCCUUUCCUCCUCCUUCCCCCACCCCGGCCCCCUCUCCCUCCGGCCGGGCCCCGGAGCGCCGCCGCCGUUGGGGUGUGAGUAGGGCCCGGCGCCUUGCCGGGCCGUCCCCUCGCCGGCGGGGCCAUGGCCGCGAGCGCCAAGCGGAAGCAGGAGGAGAAGCACCUGAAGCUGCUGCGGGAGAUGAGCAGCCUCCCGCCCAACCGCAAGUGCUUCGACUGCGACCAGCGCGGCCCCACCUACACCGACAUGACGGUGGGCAGUUUCGUGUGCACCUCCUGCUCCGGCAUCCUACGGGGCUUGAAUCCACCCCACAGAGUGAAGUCAAUUUCAAUGACUACUUUCACACAACAGGAAAUAGAGUUUCUGCAGAAACAUGGAAAUGAAGUGUGCAAACAGAUUUGGCUAGGCCUAUUUGAUGAUAGAUCAUCAGCAAUUCCAGACUUCAGGGAUCCACAGAAAGUAAAGGAAUUUCUACAGGAAAAAUAUGAAAAGAAAAGAUGGUAUGUUCCUCCAGAGCAAGCAAAGGUGGUGGCAUCAGUGCAUGCAUCCAUAUCGGGGUCUUCUGCUAGUAGUACAAGCAGCACACCUGAGGUGAAGCCACUCAAAUCUCUCUUGGGAGAAGCUGCACCUGCACUGCACUUAAACAAGGGCACACCUAGCCAAUCUCCUGUUGUAGCUCGAUCUCAAGGACAGCAGCAACAAGAAAAGAAACAAUUUGACCUCCUCAGUGACCUUGGCUCGGAUAUCUUUGCUGCUGCUGCUCCCCAGUCAACUGCUACAGCAAAUUUUGCUAAUUUUGCACACUUCAACAGUCAUACAGCGCAGAACUCUGCAAAUGCAGGUUUUGCAAACUUUGAUGCAUUUGGACAGUCUAAUGGCUCGAGUAAUUUUGGAGGUUUCCCCACAGCAAGGCAGUCUUUUCAGCCCCAAAAUACAGCGUUCAGAACGCUUUCAUCUAGCUGCAGUUUUGGUGAAUUUACUUCAGCUUUUCCUCUCCAGGCUGUACACAGUGGAAGUGCUGGAUCAGUGAAUGCUAACUUUGCUCACUUUGAUAACUUCCCCAAAUCCCCCAGUGCUGAUUUUGGAGCCUUCAAUGAUUCUCAGAGCAACACAACAGCAACUGCAGCCAGUAAAGCUGCAGUGAAUAAACUCAGUCUACAGUCAGCUGACAAAUACGCAGCUCUUGCUAAUUUAGAUAAUAUCUUCAGCGCAGGGCAAGGUGGUAGUGAGCAAGGAAGUGGCUUCAGUACAGUAGUGUCAGCAUCAGCAGGUCCUGCCUUGUCAGCCCCAAAUCAGUCAAGUGCAUCUUCAGACAAGUAUGCUGCUUUAGCAGAAUUAGACAGCGUGUUCAGCUCUACAGCAACCUCUAGUAACGCGUAUACUUCCACCAGUAAAGUUAGCAGCAAUGCUUUUGGAACUGUACCCGUGGCUGCUACUGCACAGACACAGCCUGCAUCUUCGAGUGUGCCUGCUCCAUUUGGAGCAACACCUUCCACAAAUCCAUUUGUAGCUGCCCCUGUUGCCCCAGUGGUACCUUCAACAAAUCCAUUCCAGACCAAUAGCCGAGGAGCAACAGGCCUCUCGGGAGCAAUGCACUCUCACAUAUUUCCUCAGGCUCAUUUUGCAGCAACAUUUGGUACUGCAUCUGUGAGCAUGCCUGCAGGAUUUGGAACUCCUGCCUCCUACAGUCUUCUUCCUACUAGUCUUAGUGGCAACUUCCAGCAGCCCACGUUCCCAACCCAGGCAGCUUUCUCUCAACAGACUGCUUUUGCUCAGCAGCCAAAUGGAGCAAGUUUUGCUGCGUUUGGACAGGCAAAGCCUCUAGUAACUUCUUUUGGACAAGUUGCAGCUGUUGGAGUACCUAGUAACCCUUUUAUGGCUGGUGCACCAACAGGACAAUUCCCAACAGGAAGCCCAUCAACCAAUCCUUUCUUAUAGCCUUAUAGACACUUUACCCAAAAGAACUCUUAUGUGGUCACAUAACAUCUCUGCGCCUCUUGCACUGUUGUCUUGUUUCACUGAUACUAGCUUUAAACACAAAAGAAGUCUUUAAGAAGUAAAAAUAAAAGCCUGCAUUGUAUACCUUUAAGAAAAUGAAAAAUAUUAAUAAACAC